AUGAAUUCAUCUCACUAUUCUGCAAAUGCCACAUUCAUUGGUCCCCCACCAACCUUUCAUCAAAUUCUCGCUAUCACUCUGAUGACAAUAAAAAUAAUAUUGAAUUCGAUAGGAUUGAUUCUGAACUGUUUUUUACUCUACAUGAUUGUUCAAAACUAUCAAAAAUUGCACAAGACAUUCAGCAUCCUCCUCACAUACACUCUUAUAAACGAUUGCCUCAUUUCAGUUACUCUUCUCUUAACAAUUAAACGAAUAAUUCAAUGUCAUGAGACUCUCGCAAUGGUUUUCUUUGGUCCAUGUACAUAUAUAUCCACUUCAUUUUGUCAUGUUCUUGAUGCAGUUCACCUUCAUGCCCUUCAGAAUUGGAUAUUAUCCCAGAUUCUGCUGAUUGGUUUUCGAACAGCAAUGCUCUCAUCUGCUCAGUCGUUUCUUUCUGUCAAACGAACAAUAUUUUUCUGUGUUUUAGCAUGGCUUCCCGGUCUUGUCUCAUUGGUAUUACAUGUUACCUACAAAUUCUCGCGUCCUCGACUACUCGAACUGAUUCAUAGAUGCUAUGAUGAAGAUUUCUCCUAUAGUUACAUUAGUGGAUAUGAAUCAUUCUACAAUUCUCCACUACCAUUUACGAUAGUAAUGUUAUUAGUCCCAAAUGUUCCUCAUUAUUUUCUUGCUUACUGCUUCCGGCACAAACAGAAUCAUGAUCUAAAACGACGAACAAUGUCAACGUCGACCCUUCGGAUGCAUACAACUCUUCGGAAAGUGUCCACAAUGAAAGCAUUUCUUCCACUAUUCCUUCUUGCUGAUGUCUUAAUUUAUUUCUUUUGUCAAUUAGAAGUUCUACCUCCACAGUUUAUCGAGUAUUUUCUAGGCACGAUCUCCAGUUCUAUAAAUAUAUUGAAUCCAGUCAUUGCAAUUUGUUGUUUCCGGCCGUACCGAAAAAUGUUCAAAGAGUAUUACCGACUCAUCUUAUCAAAGUUAUCUGCCCAUCCAAAAGUAAUGUUCUCAGAAGGAAGUUCUGACGAAGUUGUCAAUCUGUGA